AUGCGUCUCAACGCUCUUGUUGUGCUCCUGCCAGCGCUCGGUGCUCAAGGGAUCCGCAUCAUCCAGUCCAACGAUGAUGGCUGGGCCGAGCAGUAUGCACGAUCCUUCCACAACGCUUUGAUAGCCGCGGGCCACGACGCAGUUCUAUCCGCCCCCGCCGAGAACAAGUCGGGAUCCGGCUCGCUCGACAUCGAGCCCUCCCCCAGGUCCACUCCUUGCCAGUAUGACAGCUGCCCUGCCAACAGCGGCCCCAUCGGGCGCAACGAGACCUCGCCGCGGCUCAACUGGGUUAACUCGUUCCCCGCCACGUCCAUGAGGUACGGCAUCGACACCAUUGGCCCCCAGUUGUGGAACGGCGAGGGCCCCGAGCUGGCCGUCUCGGGCCCCAACGUCGGCAGCAAUCUGUAUCUGGCGGUUCAGUUCUCCGGCACCGUCGGCGCCGCCGUCCACGCCGCCAAGAACGCAAAGAUCCCCGCCAUCGCCUUCUCGGGCGCGUCCGAAGGCACGCUGGCCUGGAACAGCCCGGAGGAGCCACGCAGCCGCGUGUACGCCGAGCUGGCCGCCACGCUCACCAACGCCGUCAUCGCGAGCGGCAAGCCCUACCUCCCCGAGGACGUCUUCCUCAACGUCAACUUCCCCAAGGUCGAGGGCCAGUGCACCGAGGCGAGCCAGUUCAAGUGGGUGCUGAGCCGGAUCAACGUCGGCCUCUUCUCCGCCCCGGACACGGAGCAGUGCGGAUCGACGCGCUUGCCCACCGAGCUCUCCGUCCUGGACACAGAUGGCUGCUACAUCUCGGUCAGCGUGGGGGAUGCCAACGACAAGACGACGGCCCCGGCCGAGAAGCAGGCUGUGGUGCGGGAUAAGCUGAAGAGCAUGUUGACGUGUUUACCGUGA